AUGUGCGAGCCUGCAGAUCCGUCGUCGUCGUGUACGCUGUCUGAACUGGAUGAUGUCGAUGUCUCCGUGAUCAGUCACGAACGACUCAAAGACCUGACGGGCGAAGUGUUGAACGCGGUGCUGGACAAAGACAGCGUAUUGGGAGACCUACCGAACAAUGUCACGUUGGGAGAAAUCGAUUUACAAAUUGCAAUCGAACACGGUCGAGCGAUAACUGUUUACUUAGAACGCUUUGAUGACAUUGUCAUCCCGAUCGUCGUACAGAAAAAUGGAGCAAAAGUGAUAGACUUGAAAAAAAGCAUCGAGAGAAAAAUGGAGUUACAUUUAAAAAGAGCUGAUGAGAAAUCAACUAUCAGUUGGAAACGAAUAUGGAAAACGUAUUGGUUGAGUUGCAAUGGUACAAAGUUAAAGAACAAUAAUGAUUUGAUAUCAAAGUACAUGAAAAACAACUCAAAACUAGUAUUUGUAAAACGGUUUAGAGAAAAAAACAUUCAUGAUCAAUAA